CAGGACAAAGCCUGACACAUGCAGGAACAGGCCGGGGGGAGGGAAGGGGGAGGGAGGGAGGGAGGGGAGGCAGCCGGAGUCAGUCUGCGCCGCCCAGGCGGCACAAAAGUUUGUUACGGCGCUGGAUGCGGUCACAGCCACAUCCUCGAAGUCCAGAGGAACCGGGUCCAGCUCUCCAGCGUCAUCAAAAGUCUUUGGAGAUUGCAAUUUCUGCCCCAGUCGCCUCUGCUCUGCCGCUGCAGCACAGUCCAGGCAUCUUCGCACCCUUCGAGACCCAGACUCGGCCUCCAGCAGCUCCCGGAACGGAAACUUAGCAGCGAUGGAGGGUCACGUGCGGUUCGCUUUGCUCCUGUGCGCCGCCAUUGCAGCCUCUGCCUCAGGUCAGACGUGUGAGCCGAAGGUGGGGGCGACAAGUCCAUGGGUAAAAGUGAGAGAGAUGCUCAGCGGCUGCUGGACCGAUUUCAUCACCAGGGACGAGGCAGAAGUCCACAUCCUCAACCUGAAAUCUGACGAGAAUGCCGUUUUCUCUCUUCGGCUGAGCAGCGAGAAGCCGGUGAAGCUCAUCCUCACGUCGCCGUUGGCAGCUCACUGUCUAUACAACGUCAGCGCCAACGUAGCCAUUUAUAUUAGAAACAACUCCAAAAUUAAACUCCAUACGAAUGGCCACGGCGGAAAUCACAUCCAGGAGGACUUCCCCACUGGAGACGAGGCGCUGGUGGAGUGGGCGCGGCAGACGUUUGGGGGGGUGACUUCAUUCACCACGCUCCGAUACGCGCAAACCAUUGCAUUCACGGAGGCCACAAGAACCAAGCCUGGCUCUUCUCGCUGCGUCCUUGGACGUGAAGAUUCAUCAGAGAAGCACUUUAUGGAGGUUGACACCAAUCCAAUGGCUCCGUUGCUCAAGUCCUGCUCGCCACCGCAGCAGAGCGGCGCCGACGAGCCUGGAAUUCACAUCGUCAACAUCCCAGAGGACGCCAGCGUUCGCGACGUGGAACUUCACAUUGAGACGAAACCCAAAACGCAGCUGUUCCUAAGGGGCCCUAAUGGCACCACGUGGACCUUUCUCAACGCUCAACACACUCGCUUUGCUUCUAACAAUGACAUCACGCUGCCCACCAUCGCGACCAUCAAGCCUCGGUUCGAGGUCACCAGCGACAACGCGGCGGAUGUGCAGCGGAAAGCGUUGGAGCAGUUCAAGGCCAGCGCUUUCACCAGCUACACCGAGCUCAGGCUGGACGAGUCCACGGUCACGCUGCACCUGGAGAUCAGGGAAACCCUGACAGCUAGCGAAGCACCACCACAAACGGCCCCUCCCACUAAAGCCAAUGCUCCCAGUCAGAUGCCUCUGCUGAUGCAGCUGUACGCCUCCCCUGACUACCGUUCCCCCUUGGAUCCCAGCACCAAGCUGCAGUGUGACAAGCGCAUUUAUGCAGAGAUUUCAGGACACACCUUUGGAACCAUCGCCCUGACCAUCAAAGUGGCCAGCUGCGUCCUGCGCUCCAAGGGCUUGUGCUCCGCGGAGAAGGAGCUGCCCUUCAUUCCGGAGGCCUGCUCCUUGGGCGCCUGCCCCAACAGCACUCGGAUCAGCUUCUCCUUAGAGCAGCUCCAGGAGCCGGCGCCCACCAGAUGGGACCUGGAGUGCUCCGUCAAACUCUGCCACAGUGACCAUUGUGGCGAUGGAGGAAGAGUAAAGAGGAACCUGGAGGUCACACAGCCAUGUCGGCAAUCUCCACACUGCAUUGAAUUCGGCCUGCCUGAGGUUCUGGGCAUUGCAUUCGGAGGGUUCCUGAUUGGGGUGUUACUUAUUGGAGCUUUGUGGUUUAUCAAAAUUAAAACAGGCUACCCAGCUGGACUAGACAUGAGCUCAACCGCAGCAAGUCUCCCCGGAUGUCCCUGCUCAGGAGGGAAGCGACAACAAGUUUCUACCAACCCGUCCCCCUCUGAGAACAGCAGCGCCAACGCCAGCAUUGGCAGCACCCAGAGCACACCGACCAGCAGCAUGGCAUGAGAUUAUGGCUAAUUGCCACCACCAGCAAAGGCUACCAUCCCCCUCAAUAGGGAUUUAGUGUCCUUGGUUUCUUUAAUUAUGCUUAAAAAGCAUGUAUGCCCCCCCCCCCCGUCUCCUUUUAAUUUUGAUUAAAACGCUUACAUCUGUGACACACCGAGUUUGAGAUGGAUGUGAUCAGGGAGUGUAUGGGGAAGGUGGAGGGGGGGCUGGAUGACAAAUAACAAAAGUCUAAUUUGUGAUGCUCACCUCUGCAGCCUCUCUGUAAAGUCAAGCUCCUAGACAGGAAGUUAAAGAGAGCAGGGGGAAAAAAAUAAAUUGGCUCCAAGCAACAGGAAAAACAAACCAUAUCCCCCCAAGAGCUAACAGGAAAUUCACCGCAUUCCUUUCAAUGAAUUGUGCUUGUGUGAUGGCAGCACAAUAAUAGUUAGACAAGAGACAAAUCAGUCAAAAGACCGACUUUGAAAAACAGAUGAAAAGCGGUUUUGUAUUCACAGCUGAGCUACAAGAAAAAAUGCUGAGGCCUUUGGCUCGUUCGGUCAAAAACACCUCGGUGAGUGUUCGGAUCCUAAACAAGUCAAAGAAACGCUCACUUCAACGGGUGUUUGUCCUAAUUAGAGUUCAAGAUCAACGGUUACUGCUACCUCCUAUUGUUUGGAAGUCUAGUUUCAUCUUAAAACUAGAUUUCUCUUGUGAAUUGAUGUUAUUUUUUUUUUGCCUUUGUCAUUUUCUUCUUGAGUCACACUUGUAGCUGUUUGUAGCUAACAAAACCAAGUCAUGGUGCCGUUUUCAUGCUUUCCAGUAACUGCGUCAGGGCCAAACAUAGACGUUUCCCUCCAGUGUUUAUUGGAAGCUGCAGAGAAAAAUGCUGUACUUGAUUUCCUAACUGUCCAACAGAAGCCAUCUAUUUUUAUGAAUCAAAGGAAGCAAUUAAUUAUAAUUCAUUCAGUAGAAGUGUGUAUGCGUGAACAGUGUAUAACACUGCAUGUAAUAAUUAGACUUGUGUCCAAGUGAGGAAAUUAGCACUAAAAGGUUUCACCUUCACAUUUUAGAUCUCUUACUAUUAUAUGGACCUAAGUGACCUUCUUGCAGCUACACCCACAGGGUGGAGUUUCCCUAAAAUAGUGCGUCUAGAGGUUGAAUUCCAGUACUUUUCCUUGGCAGCAGCAUGCCUACACAUAUUCAGGAUUUCUUGAAUCAAACUGUAGCCAAGCCACUAAUGCUCAGAUGUUGUAAUUGGACUUCGGGACAGAAAUUGUUCGGCCUCUAAAGAAUGUUAUGAAUCACAGACACAUUCAGCCAUUUGACAAGCUGUCCUUGAUUCCUGCCGCCGAUUUGAAAAGUUGCCACCUUGAUGUGAAGGUACAGACGCAAGGCUGUAACAUUUUCUGCCGAAGCUGAUAUUGAGCGUGUUUAAUACAGGAGGACGUUACAUUUGUCUGCUCCUGAGACUCAGACAUGCAGAACGUAGGUGGAUUAAAAAAGAUCCCAGUUUGGAAAUGAACUGGCCAUUUCACAUGUCUCCAGCUGUACUGGAGUACAGUAUGAUGUAAUAAAAUACUAUAAUAUCAUGAUUCCUGCUUUCCAAAGGCCAUGUGCUAACACUAGACUGUCACUAUUGUGCAUGGAUGCACAGUGGGGACACACGAGGGCUACAACUGUAGAGAGACGGUUGAUCCGUGAAUCCACUGUUUGUUACAGUGUACAGAUGUAAAUGUAUUUAAUAUUUUUAUUGCCACUCUUUUACCUCUUUAUAAAAUUUUCCCCUAGCACACGUUGAGCCUUGUGAGUUGGCCAGCGACCCUUCAGCUGCUCAUCUGUUUGCGUCCAAACUGUGAUGUUAACACUUUUUACCCAUUUCCUGAUGCAUAUAUUCCAAUCGCUCACCCUCCUCCUCAUUUGGAUCGUUAAAUAAGUUAUUCAACUUUAACACUCACCGGAAAAAAAAAAACAGUUUUGAGACCAACUACUUUCCUCAAACGCUGCCCCAUUGUAUGUAUUUGAGCUACGUAGCCACUCUGUCCCAGUCCGUGUGUACAUGCAUGUUUUUCUGUGCAUGCCUGGUUGUCUUCAUGUAAACAGGGCCAGUACAAAUUGCCACUUCAGUGUUUGUGCAAUAUGAUGAGGUAAACUUGUAUGUUAUGUCUAUAUGUAUUUUGUUUUUGUAAGUAUUGUAGGAUAUUCUAACUUUGACCUACUUUGAACCCAUGUGUUAGAAUAAGUGUUAAUUCCUAAUGAAUGCACUUAUCAGAACGGUUCUGUGUAGCGAUCUGUGUUUUUGAUUGUCGUAUAGAUCCAACGUUUGAUAAUCUUCCAGUCACCCAUCAGUGCGUGUGUUGCGCCACGUGCGGUUUACUGGUUUUACCCCAGUUUGACUUCUGCUCUCCAACCCUAAGAUUCUCCUGCGAUGAAUCUCAGCAUAUCUCUGCUGCCUCUGACAUCCUGACAUUGUAUUCUCUCCAUUGUACUAUCUUCAGUGAAUGUGAAGGGGGAAGUGCGCUGUGAAAGACAAACUGUCUCGCCGGGAAGCAUCCCGCUUAAAUAUGCAACACUCUGGCAGUUUUUAAGGGAACAUCCAAAGUUAACAAAGUAAAAAAAAAAGCGCUGCAAGUAGUGAAAACUUUUUUUUUUACAUUUAAUUUUAUAAAAAUAGCAUUUUGCCAAAGUCAGGUAUUCUAUAGCUGUGUUGAAUCAGCUUGAGCACUGACAGAACAAUCAGACAUGCUGUCAGUUUAUUCGCUUAACCCUGCAGAUCCCUUCGUUACCUCUGACAACAGCUUCCUCCUCCACACACUCACUCACUCGCGGACACAUGCUGUACGCGGCACACGCACGGCAUCUUGUGUGUGCACCGGGUGUUCCUGUUUGUAGGUGAGCAGCAGUGUAACUGCCUACAUUUGUGUGAGUGAAUCCCUCCUUCCGUCUCCUAACAAUGCCCAAAUUCCUACCGAAGACUCUGAAGCCUGAACAUGUCAGACAUCGACAGUACUUCAGUUUUUUGCAGCAUCCCAUGCAGUUUUUUAUGCAACAGUCAGCAACCUUUUGCAAUUUAAAAUGGGCCAUUUGUUGAGACAGUACAUUACUGAUGAUAUGUAUUUUUAUCUUGUCUCUGAAGAAAUAUGUUUUUUUUCUGAAACAAUCUUAUAAAACUGAAUAUGAUAAGC